GUUACAUUCACAUUAAUCAAGGAAAGACAGGAACGUGUGACCUAUAGAAUUUUCCGAAUCUUGUCCACAUAUUGAAUAUUUAGAGGAUUCUUGCAUCUAUAUACGCAGGAAUUUACGCGUUUGAACCGCCGAAGGCAAAAAAACCCUGUUAUUUCGCUCAUUUUUCUCGCCUCCACGUUCCCAUAGCUUUCUGUGAGCCGGCGACGCGAGACAGCAGGCCGCUGCCGUCGGAUUUCAAAUAUCAUCAACUUCUAUCUGCAUCGGAGCUUUUCUAGGGCUCCGUUUCCCUACCGAAGAUCACAGCCAUGCCGAAAGGGGUUCUUUGCAAGUUCUUUGCACAGGGGGGAUGUCUAAAAGGGGAGCACUGUGAGUUUUUGCAUGAUAUGAAAUCACCUUCAGAUAAUGUUUGUGCCUAUUACCAAAAAGGAACUUGUGCUUUUGGGAGCAGGUGCAGAUAUGAACACGUUAAAGAUUCACACUUGCAGUCUUCUGCAUCGUCUUUCUCGGGGCAUAGGAAACCAGCUAUGAGUCACAAUUCAGCAUCUCAAGAUUUAUUACAGAUUGAUGUCAUAGAUGAGGUGACUGUUUGUGGUCUAACUGAUCAGUCAAUCUGCUCAUUUGCAGCAGCUGGUAACUGUCUUCGGGGCGGGAAGUGUUCUCAUAUUCAUGGAGAUUUAUGUCCCACCUGUGGAAAGCAUUGUCUGAAUCCUUUUAAACCUAGGGAAAGAGAGGAGCAUUUAAAAUCAUGCAAGAAAAGACAAAAACAUGUGGAAAUAUUAAAACAUAGUCAAGAAAUAGAGUGCAGUGUGUGCCUUGAGCGUGUUCUCUCCAAGCCAACAGAAGCUGAACGCAAAUUCGGAAUCUUAUCAGAGUGUGACCAUCCUUUUUGCAUAUUGUGCAUCAGGAAUUGGCGUGGUAGCUCUCCAUCAUCUGGGGUGGAUGUAAAUUCUGCAUUAAGGGCAUGCCCUAUAUGCCGAAAGCGGUCUUAUUUUGUCAUUCCCAGCGUGAUUUGGUACAAUACGAAGGAAGAAAAACAAGAAAUUAUUGACAGCUACAAAGCAAAACUCAGGACUAUUGAUUGCAAGCACUUUGAAUUUGGAAAUGGGCUUUGCCCAUUUGGGACUAGCUGUUUCUACAAGCAUACUGUCAAACCUGGUUCAUUGUUGUGGAAUUCUGUUAUUAUGCCCGAUUCAUAUGGAUCAAGGUUUCCAGACAUGGAUGAAGUAGGACUAAGCUCCGACACAGAUAUUGAUGGCCUGGUUAAUUUAUUCGAAGAGCUGUACAGGCCACCACAUAGACCCCGAGGAUUUCUGGAGCAAGAGGAUUCUAGUGAUGAAGAAUUAAAUGAGUUUGCUGAGGCAAUGUCUUUUCUACAUUGGCUCCAGCAACCUGAUGCUAGUAGUGACAUUGACUUCUCAAGUGAUGAGGAUUAACAAUAUUAUAUCAUUGAGUUUGGUGUAUAAAUCCCUAGUGGUUUAUCAGAUUGCUUAAAUCUUGUGAUGUGUCUUAAUUAGCCCUGUAAACUGAUGGCGGCUGUAGUCAUUAAAACAAUUACCAUACAAUAUACUUUUUCUGAAUUUUUUACAUUUCUGCGG